AUGCCACCAUAUCGACGUCGUAAGAAUCAGGACAAACAUCACCAUGAAAACUGUUACAGAAGAAUUCUACCUCCACAAUUCUAUGAAGCCUUGAUCCAAUUCAUGGUUGACACCUCUAGACCAUUCGCCGAAGCGAUAGCACGUAUGCCACUACCCAACAACCAAGCCGAACCUCUAGGUUGUUCACUCCGUGACUUUUGUAGUCACAAUUUCCAAUCAUUUGAAGGUGUAAAAGGACCAAGCGCAGCUGAAGCAUGGCUCACUGACAUCGAGGUACUGUUCGACAUCCUCGGCUGCACCAACGAACAAAGGGUCAAAUACGUUGAACUAAAGCUGACAGGCGAAGCUGGAAGAUGGUGGACCUCCAAGAAGGUAUUGCUAACAAAACCUCCAAACGAAACGGUAAUUACUUGGGAUCUAUUUAAAAUUGAAUACAAUAGGCGUUUCUUCCCCAAAGCUCAAAGGCAAUUGAGAGCUAUCGAGUUUCAAAAUCUAGUCCAAGGCAACAUGACGGUGGAACAAUACUCUGCCAGAUUCAUAGAACUCGCUAGGUUCACCACUACCAAGGCAUCAAUUCACUGA